GGGCAGCGCUCGCGCAUUGUUGUGAUUGUUUGUUCGCGAAACAGUGUACGCGAAGAUAUACCUUUCGUCGCCGUCGUAGUCGUCGGUCGCAACAACAGCAGCAGCAGCAGCAGCCGGGUGUACACGCGUGUGCAAUCUGCUCCAAGGAAAUACAGAAAGUGAGAAAGACAAGUGCAGUAGUGCUUGCGACAGUGUAAUAUUAUUUUGCACAACUUCGUAGCCGUCGCAUUUUUCUGCCGGAAUUACCGCAUUACCGUUGCGAGAGGCAGCCGGUGAAAAAGUGUGUAAAAUUUUCAAUCGGUUUUGUGUGUGUGUGUGAAUGUGUUUGAGCAAAAGUAGGUUAUUCCGUCGCCGAAGCGGCUAAAGCGGAAGCAAAAACACCGGGUGUGAUUAGUAACGCCACCGCGGACGACGGGCUGCCGGGGGGUUUGCAGCUGUUUGUCUCAUCAGCGCAGUGUGUGUGUGUGUGUGAGUGUGUCCGGGACCGGGUGUGAAAGGAAGAGAAAAAGAUCGAACGGCGCGGCGCGGUUGAAGUAGCACUGAACAAGCAACGUGGAAGAGCAAGCAGUUUUUGAAAGCGAUCGCUGCAGAAGAAUCUACAUAAAUGGACUGAAAAGAGAAAGAGAAAGAUAGCAACCGACCGUUACGUCCAGAACAAACUGAUCCUGCGACAGCAUCCAGUGCUAGGAAUCAAAACCCUGAUCUCAAACACACCACCAUGCCGGUUGCACUGAACGGAUCCGUACCGUUGCCCUCGGUGCGGGUUUACACCAGCGUCACGGUACUGCUGAUGUCCGCCUGCCUCUACUACGCACUGGCCAUGACCAGUGAUCCAAACUGGAGGCAACACACAAACAUCACCAGCAGCACGACGGGCGGAACGGUACCCACAGCGGGCGGAACGGCGUCCACAGCAGCAAACACAGCCCCGAGCGCCGCCAGCUCCGCCACAGGACCGGCCGGUGUGAUUGACGGUGCGGUAGAGGGUGCCGGGGGUAAGCUGGGAGAGGUAGGAGGCGCCAGUGCCGCCUCCUUGCUGUCGGUGAAGGAGAUCGACACGCUCGAGGAGAAAAUAUUAGCGGCCGCCGAUCUGUCCGACCUGCGCCAAAUGCUGCAAGGUGGCGGCAGCGAUGCACCAGACGAGGACGACUCCCGGGAAGUGGAGGAAGGGGAUGAGCGGUGGCUGGUGGUGGGCAACGAUACGCGAUCGCUCGGAGCGUACCUGAAGGAUACGGCAUCGUUUAUGGCGACGGAACCAUUUUGCAUUUGGACGUUAAUCAACACCGCGUACUGCUGCCUGAUACUGCUCGGCAAAUCGAUACAGAAGUUCGUCUUCGGUGAGCUGCGGAUAUCCGAACAGCAGCACAUGAAGGACAAGUUUUGGAACUUUAUCUUCUACAAGUUUAUCUUCGUCUUUGGCGUCGUGAAUGUGCAGUAUUUGUACGAGGUCAUACUGUGGGUGUCGUGGUUCUCGGCACUCGGAUUCCUACACCUGCUGUCACAGCUCAGCAAAGAUCGGUUCGAGUAUCUCUCCUUCUCGCCAACCACUCCAGGAUGGUCCCACUUCCGGCUGAUCUCGCUGCUCGUUGCCAUCCUCGCCCUGUCCGGGCUGAUGGUGGGGAUCUCGAUCGGUGUCGGCGUAUUCUUCGGUGGCUUCAAUACGUUCGCCUUCAUGGCGGCUGAGUGUAUCCUGCUGAGCAUACGCACGCUGCACGUGCUAAUACGCUACGGCAUGUUCCUGCACGAUAUGCGCCAGGGCGGAAUCGCGAAUGAGUCUUUCUCAUCCUUUCCAGCAAUCUCCUGGGAUAAGCGUGGCCCGGUCGCGUACUACAUUGAGCUAACGUUCGAGGUGGCCGCCCUGAUGGUGGAGCUCGUGCACUACAUCCACAUGAUGCUCUGGAGCAACAUCUUCCUGUCGAUGGCGAGCUUGGUGAUAUUAAUGCAGUUGCGCUACCUGCUGAACGAGAUCCAGCGCAAGAUCAAGAAGCACCGCAACUACCUGUGGGUGCUGAAUCACAUGGAGAAGAGCUACCCGCUGGCCUCGAGCGAUGAUCUGAAGCAAAACUCGGACAACUGUGCCAUCUGCUGGGAGAAGAUGGAAACGGCUCGAAAGCUACCGUGCGCCCACUUAUUCCACAACUCGUGUCUACAGUCCUGGCUGGAACAGGACACUUCCUGCCCUACCUGCCGUCUCGGGCUGAGCGUGCAUCAGAACGGUGGUCCACGGGGCAGUCCGCUGCUGCCGGAUGACAUCCGCAUCGACGAUCAGGACGGUGCGGUUGGGGGCGGUGGUGGCCGUACGGCCAACAAUCACUUCUUCCACUUCAACGGCUCGCGGUACGUGUCCUGGCUGCCGAACUUUUCCGUCGAAGUGACGCACAUCAACAGCAUGCUGCGUCCGUCGGAAACGCUUCCAAUUACGGCGGCCGCUGUGGGUAACCAUACGUCGCAGGUGCGCAACAUGGCCCGCCACGUGCAGGAGAUGUUUCCCCGCUAUCCCCUUUCCGUGCUGAUCGGUGAUCUGCAGAUUUCGCGCUCGAUCGAGGUGACGAUCGAUAACAUACUCGAGGGACGGCUGCAGGUCCCCGCGAACAGUCCCGAGGACGAGGACGAGGAGACGCUGGGAGCGGCAAGUGUUGCCUCGAUGGCCAUGAGCGGAUCGAUGGACGGGGACAAUGGCGAUGAUGAUGAUGAGCUGUCGGGAGAGCUUUCGACACGAUCGCUUACGAAUUCGCUGUCUGCGUCGUCCCUGUCGUCACUGUCCUCGCCGGCCGGGUACGAGGUGGAACGUGGCACUAACAUCUUUGGCAAUUACGAUGCAUUAUUGCGGGACGAUACGGUCGAGGAGAUUUCAUCGGCAACCUCCGUCCCGCUUGGGGAUCGGUUCUCCAAAAGCCCUGAGGAGCGGGAAAAGAUUCUGCAGCGCCGCAAGGAGCAACUGCUAGCGAUGGCUCGAAGAAGAUACCUGGAGAAGAACAAAUCCGAGCUAAAUCACCAACCGUCCACGUCUGCGACGGCUUCCACCUCGAGCACUGUUAGGCAUCGAAACAAAAGCUGUAUGGAAACGACAAUAGUCGAAAGCGGUAGCAGCAGCAGCAGCAGCGGCAGCGGCAGCAGUGGAAAUAAUCUGUCAAAGUUAAACCCGUCCUUAUCACCUAGCCACCAUCAGCAGCGGCUCUCUGUGGAACAGCAGCAGCCGCUGGAUGAGGUACAGCAGCUGGAUCAUUCCGACAGCAGCUUUUAAACGGAAACCGGAAGCACUGAUCAUUCGUGUGACCAAAACAAGUAUCUCCCGAUCGGUGUAUUAUGUGUGUGUGUGCGUGUGGAUGGGUGUGUCCUACUCACGAUGGCGCCACAAAGCUCCGUUUAAGAAAAAAAGAAAGAAGAACUGUUCCUUGUGGCCGGCGGUGCUGUGAAGAUUUUAAGUUUCAAUUUUAUUACUUUUUUUUAUAAAGGCAAACCCCUCUAGACGACUUUUCUCGCUGAUCGUAUAUUUUAGCUUAAAUCUUUCUUAUCGUAACGUACGUAGCCUUAGUUGUUUAGUUUUUUGAAGAUAUUAGUCAGUCAGUGUGUGUCAGUCAUGUGAGGGGAGAAAGCCGAGUGAAAAUGCAAAAUUAUUAACAAAAGAAGCGAUCAUGGAGCAUGGAGAGAUAUCAUGUGUGUCAUUUUCGGGAUAAGUGUAGUGGUGUUGUACACCGAGCUGGCUUGGCUUUCGAUGAAGAUCAGCUUUGUUAAUUUAGGCAAACAGAAGACGGAAGACGGUCGAACAAACUGUCGGAAGGAUCAGUUUAGAUCGUAGUGGCCAAAUCGAUCAGUGACGGAGGUAUGUAGGAUACAAACAAAAAAGAGCCACUGACUUUUACCUCCAGCAGAUUUGCUCACCUGCUCAGGUGGGAGCGCAAUAGAGAGCUGCUAUGGGCGAAUCGAGAUGCGAGCGAUCGCGGGAGGGGAGUGAAUGAGCGAAACUGAAACUAAACACGAUAAAAACAAGUUGUGAUGAUAUUUAUUUUCUAGGAAACAAACAAAACCAAUCAAUCGAUUAAGGAAAAAAGGGCGCAAACGCUAAAACAACAAAUCAUACUGUAGUAGUCGUCGGGGUAGCUUCCUUCCUUCUCCUCCGAAACACGCUUGAUAAGGUGUAGAGAGAGCGAAAGAGAGAGAGCGAGAGAGUGACCGAAGCAGAGGAAAAACAUUUGGUAUUAAUGUGUUGAAGCUGCAGCUAAUGAGAUAGAGGGUGAAAUCAGCAGGACGAGGAGACGGAUUUCGUUCGCUAUAAUCGCAUCAUCGUAACGCGCAGUACGACGGAGUAUGCAUUAGUCAAAAUUGGCAAGUAAAACACACACACAUUUAGCGACAAGAAAGACUCAAACCAACAAAAACAAAGCAGAAUAAUAAUAAGCAAAAAUGCAAACACAAUAAAGAGUAAUGUUCGUUGUUAUUUCGUUUUAA